CGGGACGCGCGCGACUCAGUGAGUGCCCACCCGUCCACAUGUGCAAGUGAGAUGGAGCGGCAGCCGCAGCCGCCGAAUCUGCCAGGGCCUCUAUCAGGGUAGUCGCCCCAGCAGUCACCAUGUGCAACCUGACGAAUGCGUCCAAUUGUUCCUUCGCAGCCGGCGGGCCGGCAGGAGGGGCAGAGGAAGAACACGCAAACAACUACUGGGCGCUAUUGUCUUUGGCGCUGGUGGUGGCCACCGCGGCUGGCAACAUCCUUGUCUGCUUGGCCAUCAGUUGGGAGCGGCGGCUGCAAAACGUGACCAACUACUUCCUCAUGUCUCUGGCAAUUACCGAUCUGAUGGUGGCCAUCCUAGUAAUGCCGCUCGGCAUUCUCACCUUAGUGCGAGGGUUUUUCCCGUUGCCGAGCGAGUACUGCCUCGCGUGGGUGUGUCUCGACGUCCUCUUCUGCACGGCCUCCAUCAUGCACCUCUGCACUAUCAGCGUGGACCGAUUCCUCAGCCUGCGAUAUCCCAUGAGGUUUGGUCGCAACAAGACCCGUCGACGCGUCGUUCUCAAGAUUCUCUUCGUCUGGCUCCUCUCAGUCGCCAUGAGUCUGCCGCUCAGUCUCAUGUAUUCAAAGGAUCACAGCUCAGUACUGGUGGACGGGACGUGCCAAAUUCCGGACCCGCUGUACAAGCUCAUCGGCUCCAUUGUCUGCUUCUACAUUCCACUGGGUGUGAUGCUGCUGACCUAUGCGCUGACCGUGCGCCUGCUGCACGUCCAACAACGCAAUCUCGGAAUGGGCACUUCCGCCAUGGGCAGUGGAAGUGGAACACCGGCCGCCGCUCCGACAGCAGGAAGUCAAUGGGACAGCAACUGGUACUCAACAGCAUCCACCUCCGCCGCACACCACAUACACGCUACGCAAAUUCAAACACCCCCCGUGGUGGAUAGGCGGCGUUCCACGUGGCGCCGUUUGCUCAGCAAAACGCAUUCAGGCAACUCGUCUUCUACCACCGACACCGAGCUCACAGAACUUAGCAUGUUGGCGGCCGGCCCCCAACCACCACCCCCCGCGCCUGGCACCCUCGAUCCCGGUGACCUUUGGCUACAGGAAGCGCCACUUCCGACUCCGGUGACAAUCACCGCACUGCACCGAUUUGGAACUGAAAUGCUGCGACUAUCAAAAGGUCUGGAAACGUCCAGACCAUCCAGCCUCAACCACUGGAGCGAAGGAAAUUCUGAAGAGCAGUCUAGUUCCGAGGUGAAAGGUGACGCUGAUUCUGCUAAGGAAGUUGAGCCAAAGUCGAAUUCCAACGAAGUGGCGAGUGCAUCUGACGGUGGCUCCAUGCCGAACGUGGCGUCCACCUCUGAAGAGUUUCCGCCGAUCGCUCCAUGCACAUGCCCAUACUUUGGAAACACCAAAAACAGGCGUCCUCCUACUGCUCAACCCGAACUAGUCAUUGUGCCAAGCCCUCGAAGGGCCAUAUCUUCCCCCGGCAACCUGCGAAACCAGGUGCAGGUAUCCUGGAGCGACAAGCGUGGUGCGGUUACCUCGUCAGUGGCGCCACCCACGCAGCAACAACCUCAGUCAACUCCACUGCUGCGUCGCGCUGUUACUAUGCGUUACUCAGGCGCACUCCGGUCUGCAAACUUGACAGAUUCGCCGAUGAUGCACUCGCGUGCUAACAGCGUCAGGCCGCCGCACAGCCGUCAAAGCAGCGUUUCCCGCAACUCCAGUCGCCACGGCCGCAUUUUGCGACUCGAGCAGAAGGCCACCAAGGUGUUGGGAAUUGUGUUUUUCACGUUUGUGGUACUCUGGGCACCGUUUUUCGUGCUGAACCUGGUGCCAGCUCUGUGCAGCGAGUGCGAGAGACAUAUUAGUGUCGGUGUGUUUGAUUUUGUCACGUGGCUGGGGUAUGCUAGCUCCAUGGUGAACCCCAUCUUCUACACAAUUUUUAACAAAGUGUUCCGGCAGGCGUUCAAAAAAGUAUUAUUAUGCCGCUAUCGACGCAGGGUGGUCAAAUAAUCUGUGAGAAAUAUUCCCUUUGUCGCAACACAUCUUCGUAUAUUCUAUGUUUGAGUGUGUAAGUGUGCAACGAAGAUCUCAUAAAAGCCCGCAGUCUGCGCACACAAAGUUCUCGUCUUGUUUAGAUUGCUGCGAGUGAAAGUCGCGGCCAGCGGCAUUAUGUCAUUUCGAUAUAACAGCGGCAGCAUUCCUCCUUCUAGAGAUAUAGUGUGUCCCUGGAAAAAUCUGUUGCUACACGUAGGAAACCAACAUGGAAACAUUUUUUCGUGUGCCGUAAAAAGAGUGAAAGUUGAGUAUAUCAUUCCUUUGAUCCAGUUUAGCGUCCGCCUCUUUGUGAUAACUCGGUUAUACGUGGCAAUACCAGCGCUAAUACAACCCAAACUAGAUGCUAUGUCGCAAGUCUGACCUGCUGUGUGUAGUAGUUGGACGCUUGUUUAUCAUGUACGGUUGUGCUACCUACGUGAUAAGAAUUACCGACAUGCUCCCUCAGUAAGGCAAUUAUAUUCUUAAAAGCUAAGAUUUCAGUAAAAAAGAACUCUCUUGUUGUUUAGUGUUGAAAAGAAGCAAAAAUAAAUUAAUAAACAAAAAAAUAAUCUCAACUAU